UCCUGUCAACUGUGCCACUAAAAAUGCAUGCCAUAAUGGACCACUGCUCCUUGUCCAGGAUCACAGCUGCUGAGAUUGAAGUGGUACAGGAAUACACAGAGAUUAUGGAGCCACUAGCCCAGUCCCUAGAUAUCCUGCAACGGGAGAACGGCAUGUUCAUGGGGUAUUUGCUACCAACGCUCUGCAAUCUGGACCGCAAGUUAGAAGGACUGGAAAACAAACCUGAGAGGUACACAUACUGUUUUCAGCUGCUGAGAGGUGUGCACGAAGCCCUAAGAAAGCGGUUUGCAGCUAUCUGGGAGGACAAGAGGCUUCUUCUGGCAGCCUGCCUACACCCUCGCUUCAAACUAGAUCGGCUGGAAUCGUGUCAGGCCACCACCCAUACCAACAAAUACACAAUGGAAGCCUUGUUGAAAGCUGAAAUAAAGAUAGGUGUACUUAAUGAGGACAGUGAUCAGUCUUCAGAUAAAGACCAGGAAGCUGCCGUCCAGCCUCCCACCCAAGCUGCUGCUGCUACUGUUGCAGCUGUCACUAGUCUCUUCCGCCGCCUCUCUCCCAAGCUGCAGUCUCUGUUGCCACCAGCCUCUCACCCGGGCUGCAGUCUCCACUGCCGCCGGCCUCCCAUGCAGCUGGCCUCUCCUGGCCAGCCUCAGCAAUCUGCUCUUGCUCCACAGACAGACCACCUAGCUCUUGAUCCUAGAUCUUCUUGA